UCAGGCAAGUAUGGUUGCUCCCUCUGUGGUGGCCUGGCCUCACAAAGUCCCAGCCAGUUUGCAGCUUAUUAGAGAGAUCAAAGUGGAAGCUAUCAAGCAAGAAAGGAAACGCCUACACCUACUCCUGGCCCCUGCCCCCCAAAACUUCUCAUAGCUUCAAAUCAACUUUUUCUAGCUAGCCCUUCAGCUUCAAAUCAAGCGGCAGCUUCAUCACAUACACAGUGAUCUGUGGAUAGCUAAUGAGAGCAAGCAUCUAGAGUAUCUUGUUCUUGAUUCCUUGGCCGUCUAUAAGCUUGUGUGUGCAGCAUCAGCUAGCAACAGAAGCAGCUUCAGCUCAGCUGCAAUGGAGGAGCAGCUGAACCCACUGGCUGUGACACAGCUACUGCAGCACACGCUGCGCGGCCUCUGCACCCAAGGCGACUCCCAGUGGGUGUACGCCGUCUUCUGGCGAAUCCUCCCAAGAAACUACCCUCCUCCAAAAUGGGAUCUUCAGGGUGGUGUUUAUGACAGGAGUAGAGGAAACAGGAGGAACUGGAUCCUGGCAUGGGAGGAUGGAUUCUGCAACUUUGCAGCCUCUGCCUGUGACCAAGAGGACACACCAGCUGCUGCCGGGUACACUGACUAUGCAGCAGCUGGGCAUGAGGUGAAGGGCCUCCAGCCUGAGCUCUUCUUCAAGAUGUCCCAUGACAUCUACAACUAUGGGGAAGGGUUGGUUGGGAAAGUUGCAGCUGACCAUGGCCACAAGUGGGUGUCCCAGGAGGCCAAUGAGCACGAGAUCAACCUGGUUACCUCAUGGAACAACCCUGCCGAUUCUCAUCCAAGGACAUGGGAAGCUCAGUUCCAGUCCGGUAUCAAGACCAUUGCUCUGAUCGCCGUCAGAGAAGGCGUUGUACAGUUAGGCUCCAUGAAGAAGGUGGCGGAGGACCUGAGCUACGUGGUGGCGCUGCGGCGGAAGUUCGGGUACCUGGAGAGCAUCCCGGGCGUGCUGCUGCCGCACCCGUCGUCGGCCGCGUUCCCCGGCGCCGGCGGCCUGCAGGACGCGGCCUGGGCGCCGUCGCCGACGAUGGACCUCUACGACCCCUACUACGGCGCCCAUGCCGCGGCGGCGCAGAUGCACCACAUCGUGCCGUCGAUGAGCAGCCUGGAGGCGCUCCUCUCGAAGCUGCCGUCGGUCGGCCCCACGGCGGCGCCCGGCGCCAUUCGCGGCGCCAUUGGCGGCGGCUCUGUGGCCAAGGAGGAGCUGGACGACGCCAUGGACGCGGCGGGCAACGGCGGCGGCGAGAGCACCAGCGCCGCCACGACGCCGCUGGUGCCGUACUACGUAGACGUGGCUAAACCCGACGAGGGGUUUUAGUGUUUUAGCCUCUCUCUCUGCACGUCUCCGUCUCGAGGCUGUGCGCGCACGGUUGUUGUAACAUCUUUUCUUUUUUUUCUUCUAGUGUCGCAUUGUGAUGAUUAUUCUAUAUUAACCCAAUCAUGUGUGCGGCUGCGUGCUUUGAACUAGUUGGAGGUGUCGUACUGCAACGUACAUACGAUAUCCUGUACGUCAGAUUCUGUCGAUCAAUCACACUGUACUGCAUUCUUACCAGCAAGUUUGAUUUUUGCGUAA